GACCACCCAGAAGAACUUCAGUUGCUUACCUGUAACUGGGGUUCUUCUGGUGGUCAUCUGUCCAUUCACACACCUACCCAACCUCCCUGCCACAGAGCAUGUCUCAUAGGCAGCGGACUCCUUAACUAAGGAGGAAAGGGAUUGUCAUGUGACCUUAUGGGUAUUGCAAGGGAGGUACUAUCAAUCAGGAGAGAGAAAGAGGAAGCUUGCAUACUCCCAAUUAGGCCUUCGCUCUCCAGCUGAAGCCCAUCUGUGUGAAUGGACACAUGAGCACCAGAAGGACCCCAGUUACAGAACUGUAAAAAACAACCUUUUAUGAACACAGAACCAAGCAGAGCAAUUGCGACUUGGCAAGCCUGCAUCCUGGGAUAUGGAAGAUGAUGUCAUGGGUGCCUGUUACCUUCCGUCCCUCAGAGUCGGGCUCCCUUGCAAUAACUGUGAAGUGCGGCGGCGUGCUGCAAAACGCAGCACCAUGGCACGAGGCUGCCUGUUCUCCCUCCCCUCUCUCCCUCCCUGUCCGAUAAAGAAGGAGGUGGAAACGAGAGAAGCAUUGAACGGGGCUGCCUGCAGACGCUCAGUGUGCGAGACACAGAAAAGGAAGCAGCAGACAUUUGACCGUUCUUCAGGUGAGGCACCCCACGGUCCCACCUGCUGUCACCAGAGGGCAAGUUUCUACGGGAAACUCGCUGGCGAGCAGCCCAGCCAAAUCUAGCCUGGAGGAAGGAGGAGAGAGUGGGACAUGCAGCUGCCAGCUAAAAUUCUUCUUCCCGUCUUGCCUUGAGUUUCGUUUCUCCACGCGAAUGGGCCCACUCACGUGGUAAGCGGGUUUUACCGGGGCGGGCCGGGCUCUGAACCAAUUUGAACCAAUAAACCUGCGAGCUCUGUCGUCGCUGUUGGUGCAUCUUCAGUUCAAGCUUUAGUCGCCACUCCUUUGGCGGGAACCGGCUGACGACGGUAUGGAGCGGAGCUCAACAGGGAGAGGGAAAGGCGCGAAGAAGGACUCCACUGUGCAGGAUGCUGGAGCUGCAGCCAAGUCCCCAUCGGCCCCCAAGGGGCGAGGGCGCAGGCAGAGCGCAACGCAAACGAGCGUCCCCCCGCCGUCUCUUGGCACACAUCCCACCAAAAGCAAGGCAUCGCCUUUGGAUGAAGGAAAGGGAGCCGGCCAGGCGAGGGAAGACGUGGCCUCGGGUAGGAAGAAAACUUCCCAGAGCAGAAAGGAGGUUGCCGCCCAAGCGGGGGAGUCUGAGCAGCCAGGGCAAAGGAUGGCCCGCAAAGAGAAGAAAACAGCGCCCCAGAAAGUGCAGGAGUGCGCCUCGGAAGGAGGAGGAGAGGAGCCUGGCCACCAGGGGAAGGCAGGAGCUGCCUGCAGGAAGAGCCCCGCUUCGCUGAAACCGAAACGUAUUCCCACAGAAGACGACUCCUACCAGGCGGGGAAAGAAGUCAUUGCCGGCACGAAGAGAAAAGUUUCCCAGAAGAAAAAGGAGGGCGUCCCUAGAGGGGAGGAAUCCGACCGGGUGGAGGAGAAAACUCAACCCGCGGCAGAGAAGACCCGGGCGCCCCAGGUGGAGCAACAGGGGUGUGUCCUGAGAGCAGGGGCAUCUGCCCAGGAGAUGGCAGACGGCGCCUUCAGAAAGCAAGCCCCUUCUCUGAAGAAGACCGUCCAAGAGAAGCCUGACCAGAAAGGGAAGCGGAGCCUGAAGAAGGUCUUGGAGACGCUCACCUUGAGUCAGAAGGCGGUGUCGGAGGCUUCGCGGCGUGUCAACAUGGUCAGGGAGAAACUGAUCGAAGCCAUCAAGAAGGAGCCGUGUUUCAGCUCUAUUGAAAAACUGGGAUCCGGCAGUUACUAUGAACAUCUAAAGAUAUCUAACCCAGAUGAAUUUGAUAUUAUGCUUAUACUUCCAAAACUAAGACUUGAGCUGGAACGCUGUGAUGCUGAUGCUUCUGCUGGUGCUUAUUAUUUUGCAAAACUGAAAAGGAAUCCCGGAAGAGGGAACUUAGACAAAUUUUUAAAUGAUAAAGGACAACUUUCAGCUUCCCAAAUGCUUUCAGCACUAAGGAACAUUAUUGUAGAAGAAGUACAGAAAAUAAAAGAAGAGAAAGUGUCGAUGGUGAAAAAGAAGGCUGGAUGUCCAGCAGUAACUCUUCUUAUUGGAGAGGCUCCUUCAGAUAUAUCAGUAGAUAUCAUCCUUGCUUUGGAAACUGAUAGAAAAUUGUGUGACAGUACAAAGGAUGGUCUGGAUGUUAAAAGCUGGCUAGGAGCUAAAGAAAGGAAAAAGUUGCUCAGUGAACCACUCUACCUAGUGCCUAAGAAUGUCAAAGAUGGAAGGUGCUUAAUAGAAGACACUUGGCGCCUCUCUUUCUCGCUUGUUGAGAAGAUUAUAAUAAAGCAUCAUGGCAACAAAAAGACAUGCUGUGAAAGUGGUGGGGGAAAAUGCUGUAGGAAGGAAUGCCUAAAGCUUCUGAAAUAUCUUCUGGAGCAGCUUAAAACAAAACAUGACAACAGAAAUCAAUUUGACAAAUUCUGUUCUUAUCAUGUCAAAACUGCCUUUUUCCAUGUAUGUUCCAAAUGGUCCUCUGAUGACAACUGGCUUUACACAGACCUUGAGGCCUGCUUCAACAGACUUUUGGAUUACUUUCUGAAUUGUCUCAGAAAUUCUGAGCUUCUGCACUUUUUUAUACCAGAGUUCAACUUAUUCUAUACACGCAGAAUUGAAGCAACAAAAUGUAAGGCACUUGCAAGAGUAAUUGAAAAGGAAAGAGAGAAUGGGUUUCCAAUAUUUUUUCUAGAAGUUUAAUUACAAAAAAUAGGAACUACUUGAAUUUUUAAAAAACCUCACACAAACCAAAUUGGAAUCUAUUCCCUUUGAACUUAUGCUCUGUAAAUAUCUAACAUGUUUACAUCUGGAUGGGGCUACACUCCACCUGAAAGACCAGGUAUGUCGGUUGGGAGUGCUCCUGGAUCCCAAACUCUUUCUGGUUUUUCAGGUUGAGGCAGUGGCCAGCAUUUUUUAUCAGCUUCGGCUGAUAUGCCAGCUGCAUCCAUUUCUGGAGGUAAGACCUUAAAACAGUGGUGCAUAUGCUGGUCAAGAAAUAUGCCACAGACUAGCACUUGGUAGGGUUGCAAUGAAGGCCUUGGAAAGGAUAUUUAGAUGCCGUGACGUGUCUAUACCUACAAAGAUUAGAAUCAUUCAGACAAUGGUUUCCCCGCUAACACACUAUGGAUGCAAAAGCUGGAAUUUGAAGAAGCAAGAUAGAAAAAGCAUUGACGCUUUUGAACUUUGGUGCUGGAGAAGAAUUUUGAGGAUACCAUGGACAGCCAGGAAAACAAACCAAUGAAUCAUGGAACAAAUCAGUCAAGAAUUUUCAUUCGAGGCACAAAUGACCAGGCUCAAACAAUCAUACUUCGGACACAUUAUGAGAAAGCCCAGCUCCCUCGAGAAGUCCAUAAUGCUGGGAAAAGUUUAAGAGAAGAAGACGACAUCCAGCAGCAAGGUGGAUGGACUCGAUUACAACAGCAAUGAAUGCACCACUGAGAGACCUUAAAUGCCAAGUUGAAGACUGAUCAUCCUGGAGAGUAGGGAUGUGCAUAAAACCGGUUCUCCCAGUUCGGUUCGGGUCCGAACCGGGUCCGGACCAGACCGGGGUGGUUCGGUUUUGGUUUUGCCGGACCACCCCCCCGGUCCGGUUCGGUUUCGAACCGGUUCGGAUUACAAAAAGUGGCUGGUUUUGAAGGGGACAUUGUGUUCUACCUGCCACCCAAAUUUCAAGUCGAUUGGACCUUCCUCUGAUUUUUUACAAUUUUUUUUUAAAAUUAAUUUUUGCCCAUAACUCACAAUGUGGAGCCCUUAGGGGCAAAAAAGCUGGGGUGGGUGGUAGCCACCCAUGGGUGUCCUCCACCCCAAAAAUCCCAAGGCAAUU